AUGGCGCUAUCCCCACCUUCCAGCGACCAGCCAGUAGCCAGUGAUACAUCGUCUAAUAGUACAAAAUAUGCUGUGAAUAGUGUGAUACAUGGAAAGAGUAAAACAUUUCUUAUUGACAGUAUUUUAGGAAAUAAUAAGAAUAACAGUUCUCAACUAGUUAAUAAUUUGCAACAACACGAUACUGACAACGUAGAGGAAACGGCCGAUGAGCAUAAUGUGUCGUCGACAUCAACAUGCCCGGACCUGAGUGCUUUGAGUGAUGCAGGUCUGCUCGCCGGGCAUGCCUACGCGCACUGGCUGUCGACGCACCAACCCUCCGCCGCUCUAUACGAUGAUAAAAAUAAUAGAAGGCCACGACGGGCUGGGCCAGAGCGCAAGCCACGGCAAGCAUACAGUGCGAAACAACUUGAGAGAUUGGAAGCUGAAUUUAAGAUUGACAAAUACUUGAGCGUUUCAAAGAGGUUGGAACUGUCAAAAGCUUUGGGCCUCACGGAGGUGCAGAUAAAGACAUGGUUCCAGAAUCGCAGAACGAAGUGGAAGAAACAAUUGACUUCCCGUCUGAAAAUCGCCCAGCGUCAAGGAUUGUUUCCGGGACAAAUUUUCGGGCACACUCCGCCGGCUUACUCGUUGUUAAACCCUUAUGCGUACACCCCUCUGGGUUGCGUCUUCACACCAGUAACUCUGCCGUCUUCUCCACCAUAG